UUGUUCCAGGUGAUUGCUCGGGCAGGCAUUGCCUCCCGGAGGAAAGCAGAGGAGCUCAUCAUAGAAGGCCUCGUGAAAGUCAACGGGCAGAAGAUUGUCGUCCCGCAGCACCAAGUGACUGCCGGCCAAGACAAGAUUGUGGUGGAUGGCAAGGAGCUGCCUCGCACGACAGAGCUGUGGUACUUUGCAGUGAACAAGCCAAAGGGGUAUCUUUGCGCAAGUGCCCCUAGCAAGGACGGCACCUCAAGACUCAUCUUUGAACUCUUCGAGGAAUGGAUGGAGACUGUCUGGAGAAGAAAAUAUCCGGAUCCAAGGGCUGUGCCGCCUCGAUUAUUUACUGUGGGGCGGCUUGAUGUGGCUUCCACCGGCCUCAUAUUUGUCACCAAUGAUGGCAUGUGGGCACAGAGCGUGCAGCACCCAUCAGCGGGGAUCACAAAGGAGUAUGUUGUGACAUGCUCAGCAGAGCCCACCAGGCGGCAGCUGGAAACCAUUGCAGCCGGCUGUGAGGUGGACGGCGCAUUUGUCACCCCUGUGGCAGUCGCCCCCGUGAAGGACAUGGGCCAGAAGACCCGGCUGCGCAUUGUUGUGGCUGAGGGCCGCAAUCGCGAGGUUCGCACAAUGGUGGCGGCAGCAGGCUUGGAUGUGAUGACUCUCAAGCGGGUGCGCAUCGGGGGUUAUCGCCUGCCGCGCGAGCUGGGGCUGGGUCAGAUUGUGUCGCUGAAGCCGCACGAGGUCCGGCGCAUCUCGGACAAGGGGGCGCAGGCCAAUAAUGCAACCAUCAACCCCUAUUUCACUGGUGUAUGA